AGGAAAUGUGAAUUGAUGGCCUAUGCCAGAGGAACAAGAGAGGAAACCACGCAUUGUACAGGCACAGAAAGGAGCGCUCCGGAUGACAUUUUCACACAGUUUGGGGUUAUGCAGUGAUCAGAGCUAGAUAUCAAGGGAAACUUACAUUUUCCUGUUUUCAUUGUUUUAUUUUCCAAUAGUGUGUCUGAAUAGACAAAUACACUAUGAAUUUGGUGAAACUCAUUUUAAUCCUCCAAACGCUUCAAUCUUGUCAAGCAUAUAAAGAUGACUCCUCUCAAACUGGAAAAAAGGCAUCACAAUCAGAGCUUAAUAAGAAUCAAACUGAGCCCUAUAUAACUCAACAAUCCAAUGCAUGCUCCUGGAGUCCCAGGAUCCUUAGAGAUGAGAUAUGGACUUCAGUCACAUUCACUGCAGAGUCCAGAGACCAAGUAGCCCAUCAGAUCUGUAUGGAACUUGGCUGUGGUGGAGUCUACAGUCUUAAUGAGACCAGCGCACCACCCAACAGUACCUGCCUCACAAACUGCACCUACCAUGAAUAUCAUCUUCAGAACUGUUCCCAUGUUGUGAGGAUUAAUUGCACAAUGGUGUCCGAUGUCGUUUGUGAGCAUCAGGCUGUGAGGCUGGCUGGAGGCGAGCACCGCUGUGCUGGACGUGUAGAGCUGUGGAGAGAGGGGCAGCAGUGGGGCACGGUGUGUGACGAUGAGUGGGACUUGAGGGACGCUGAUGUGGUAUGUGCCCAGCUUGGCUGUGGGUAUGCUUUGAGUGUGACAGGGCAGGAUGGUGCCUUCCCUCAGGGCAAGGAUCCCAUCUACCUGGAUGAGCUGAAAUGUACUGGCAAAGAGGAAAACCUGUGGCAGUGCCCAGCGUCAGAUGAAAGCCAUGACUGUGGGCACAAGGAGGAUGCUGGGGUGGUAUGCUCAGAGCUGAAGGCAGUGAGGCUGACCGGAGGUGUGGACCGCUGUUCUGGUAAAGUGGAGAUCCACCGUAAUGGAUCAUGGGGGACAGUGUGUGAUACCUGCUGGGGGAAGGAGGAAGCCUCAAUGGUGUGUUCCAUGUUGGGCUGUGGGGAGCCAGUUCAUUUUCUAGCUUUCAUACCCCCUUUCACUCACAAUGAUAGUACCCUGUGGUACUACCAAUGCUUUCCAAAUCACACAGACCUUUGGCAGUGUAAGGAGUAUGCCAACAAGACAACAUUGUGCGUUGACUCUAAAGCGGCUGGACUUAUUUGUAGUGAAUCACAUGGACGAUAUCUUCCAGUUACAACAGAAGCAACUACAACAGUAUUAAGCAGGAGGCCAGGCCCAGUGACUACAGCCAGUGUUUCAAAUGAUGGCUUCCCAUUCUCCAUGUCCCUAGAGCUGCUGGGGUGCAUCUCCCUUUCCUUCCUUUUGCUCAUGGCUCUGGUCACAAACGCUCUGCUUUGCUGCCACUACAGGAGGAGAGAUGCUCUCUUAGUCCAGCACCGACAUGCUAACCUGCAAAUGCCAACUGAGCAUGACAACGACUACCGGGACUCUGUGAAUCUCAUCAAGGUCACAACCAGCAGCCCAACAGAAAAUGAUGUCCCAUCAAAUCCCAGAUAUCAGUGGACCCAGAGUAGUGUGGACAGCACCUCAGUGGAUACAGACUAUGAGCAGUGUGAUCUAAGCACCGAGGCAGCUGUGCAUAUGACCACCUUUCAGAAUUCUAUACGAUACAAACAAGAUACCAGGAACCCUUUUAUGAGGGUUACAGCUCUGGACAGUCUAUCUGAGGAAGUGGACUCCUUUGAUUCUUCCAGCACCUCCUCCGAGGAAUGCUAUGAAAACACAGGCAAAGAUGUAGAGAAUCUAGUGACAUCAGGAGUGGCUGAUGGGAACAGUGGUGAUUAUGAGGAGGAGGGCCACCUGAACUCUCCUGACCCCAACCAGUCCUCCUCAGAGGCUGACUAUGAUGACAUCGCUAACUACCUGGACUCAAACCUAGAGCAAGGCUACUGAAUGAGCUGGAAGGACCUACAUUUUACUGUAUAUGUCAAUGUUUCUGUUAAUAUAAAAGAGUGGCUAGCUAAUUGUUUGCAAUGUUUGAAAUUAUGUAUUAAUGUAUAGUAUACAUACAGUAUGUAGGUAUAUUAUGUAUGUUUUGUAUUUUGGGUUUUUAGGUGUGAUAAUAAAAAUGUAAUAUUUGUUUAAUAUGCAGUUAUGAUAUUUGUGCAGUUGACAAUGAUUACCGAUGGAGCCUACAGAGGAAACCCUCACAGCAGGAAUCAUCAACUAGAAACCUUGCUUACAUUUCUACAAAAUCACAUAUAACUCUCUAUUAUGUGUGGGAGUACUUUGGAAUAAAUGUCCUAAAUUAUGAUCACAGUAUUUACAGUCUUGUCUAAAAAGAAAUAAAACGUAUUAUUGUUUUCUUUAAUCAGAAAAGUUAGGGGGGGGGGGGGGCUCCCAAGUAGCGUAGCGAUCUAAGGCACUGCAUCACAGUGCCAGAGGCGUUACUACAGACCCGGGUUCAUUCCCUUACAGAUAAUUAUUUGUAUGAUGUACAGAGAUUAGGUAUUUAUUCAAAAGUCAUGUUAAACACUGUUAUUGCACACUGUUAGUGCACCCACUCCCACUCCCUCUCUAAUGAUGACUUUGUCAACCAUUUUAAAAAGAAGGAUGACAACAUCCGCUCCACAUUCACUCAGCCUAUUAAGUCCACUGGUCUCACUCACACAGAACUACCCUACGCCUUGACCUCUGUCUCCCCUCUCUCUCCAGAUGAGUCCUGUGGCUAGUGAGGUCCAGCCUACCGUCAACCUACCCACUCGACCCCAUCCCCGUCUCCAGAGAUCUAAUUUAUAAGGUUCACAUGCCAUUAACCCUCUUUCAAGAACAUAAGCUUAUGACCUUCUGUACUAAGUGUUUAUCCCACGUCACUUACAUAGAGGCUGGAGGCUAAAGGCUUGUUAGAGCCACGAUGGAUAUUGUCAUUGGGAAUAGGCAUCCCAUCCACACUGACAUAAAUCACAUACAUCUUGAGGCAUUUCUGUAAAAAGGACAUAAGAAUGGGUUUAAAAAAAUAAAAU